AUGCAAUCGCGAAUUCGCGUUGCCGGGGCUCUCAUCUGCUCACUUGCGGCUGUACACUUGCUCAUCUUUGAGGUGAGCUUAAUCCGAUGAGUUUUUGGAAAAAUGUUAAUGUAACUUUCAGAUGCCGUCUUUCUAUGACAAUUACGUUGUGAGAAGCAGCUCUUUCUCUUUUAACGACGACGAUGAUGAUGUCAUGGCUCAAGUCCUCACUGAUUCGGCCAAUCUUGACCCCAACUGGUCAACUAGUACUACAAGACAGUUUUCAAAGGCCCAAAAUGCAAGUUUAGGUAUAGUUUCUGCUUUUUUCGAGUUGCCUUUUAAACGCCGUGUUCACAGGAAUCUCGGCGAUUUCUAAAUUGACCUUUUCACGCAAAACCGUCGUAUUUCUCUUUCUUUUUCAUUUUGAUAGAAUUAUUGGUAACUGAAGUUUAUAAAAAAAAACAACCGAUAAAAACAAUAUGCAUAUUAAAAUGAUAAUUUUCAAACGCGGUAUAUCGAAAAGUUUCUCUCUGGCUUUGUUCGGGAAUAAGAUGAUAAUUCGGAGAAACAGAUGGCUGAAGUUUCCAUGAUUCCUAAAACCCGUCAGAGAUGAUUCUGAAUUACGCGGAACUUACUUUGAAAACGGCCAAAGUUCGAAUGAUACAGAACUGUCAAACUUACUUUCAGGUUCUCUUGAACUUCUAUCAUAUUUAGAGGCGACAAACAUGACUUUUUGUCCACUAACACCUCCAUCAUUGGUUCGUCGUGCCUUUUGAAAUCAUUUUUAUGUUUUCCGUCAUACCCUCAGGUCGGUCCCAUUCGCGUUUUUCUCGAUGAGCCACAACUGAAUGUUCUCGCCAAAAUGUUCAAGCACAUUGAACGCGGCGGUCACGGGAAACCCACCAACUGUUUGGCUCGGCAUAAAGUGAGUUUUUUUUCGUUUUCAAGUAAAAGGGAAUGGGAGUUUGAAGAAAAAAUUUUACAUCAAUUCAACUUUUACAUUUUCAAGAAAGGUUUUUUUUAUCUCUGAAUGGUGCACUUCAAACAGUCAAAACUAAAUUUAUUAAAUUUUUUGGACCUUUAAUUAUUCGAAAAAUCAAAAGCUUUGAAAUUCUCAAGUAUUUGGGGAUCAUGAAAUUAUCAAGGUAGCAUAGAGUUCAAUUGAAGAAUAUUUAUCAGCGAUAAACUAUCGAUUAAAAAAAGGUGGUUAGUGAGUAAGAUAGGCAAGGAGCAAACAACAGAAAAAAAAAAAAUCAGAAAUACCUUUUUCCAAUUUAUUCAGAAGUUUAGCCUCAAACGACCAAAAAGUCAAAAAAAAAAAUCAAUAAUUGGUGGAUUGGUUCGGGGAAUUUUUUUUUGGAGUUCAGGGAAAAAAACACUGAUUUGACGGUGCUUCUCGUUAAAAGCAAAAUCAUCUUCUUUAUCUCGUUUUUGAAUAGCUGAAAAUUAUGUCUUUUUGUUUUAUAACGGAUGGAAAAAAGAGCACCUGAAGGCGUAAAAGUUGCAAAUUUGUCAAUUCUCGCAGUUUUUUGUUACAUCGUUUUUAGUCUGAAAAUCCGUUUUAAAUAGCUGAGAUGAAUUUUUUUUUUUUUUUCUUUCAAAAACCUACUUUCAUAUAAGUUGAAAAUUGGGUGGUAUGAAAAAAAGACCAGCGAAAAUUCAAACGGCGACUUUUCCGAUUUUUCCAUAUCGCUAGGGAACUUUCCGACGAAUUUUUUUCCGACUUUUUUUCUCAAUAAACUCUUCGUUUUUCAAUCUUCCUAUAUAAAGUAGGCAAGUUAUUCAUUAUUAAAACACAACGAAAUAGAAAAAAAUGUUAAUAGAUGUUUUAUAAAUCGAAAAAAAUAUACGGGAAAAAAGUCGGAAAGAGAUUUGGCGGAAAGGUGGCCGUCGGAAAGUUUCCUAGCGAUACGAAAAAAUCGGAAAAGUCGCCUUUUGAAAUUUCGCUGGUUUUUUUUCCAUACCAUCGAAAAUUGUGUUGUUGGAUUUUUUUAAACUAAAUCUCCAACAAAAAAGUUAGGAGACAGUGAAAAGCUGUUUUGAGUCCUUCACAAUCUUCAAACUCAGGCUCGACAAGCAAUCAUUUUAAUAAAAAAUGAUUCGAGUACUGAAAAAAAGGUAAAACGCUAAAUAAAACCCGUUUUUUCGAACCUCAACGGAAAAAAAUUUUCCGGUUUUUCGUUCACAAGUCCAGUAAAGAUUGAACAAAUAAGUUCUAAUGCUAAAAAUAUGUUAAUGCAUAACUAUAUAAAAUUUCUGCGAAGUUUUGAGACAUUAGAAGCUUUUUCAGAGAAGUUAUGCUUGAGAAACCAUUUUGAAAAAUCUUUCUGGCCAGCACUGAGGAUGACGUACAUCACUGUCACUCAACAAUUCAGGUUGCGAUAAUCGUUCCAUAUCGCGACAGGGAGUCUCAGUUACGCAUAUUGCUUCAUAAUCUGCACACGCUGUUGGAGAAACAGCAAAUGGAAUAUGGGAUAUUUAUAAUAGAACAAGUCGCCGACCAAACUUUCAACCGCGGCAAGGUUUGCAUUUUUUUUUUCAAGUUCUAGUUUCAAUUUGAGUGCUAUCAAAGUUCACCAUAAUGUAAAAUCCGUUGUCAACACAGUUAAACGUGAAGAUGCUAACUUAUUUUACAUUUUCUUCUGAUGGAUCGGUUUGAAAACUUAAGUUGAUGAACGUUGGCUAUGCGGAAGCGUCAAAGAUGUUCCCCUGGCAGUGCUACAUUUUCCACGACGUUGAUCUUCUCCCCGAAGAUGAUCGAAAUCUUUAUUCGUGUCCUGUCCAACCGCGCCACAUGAGCGUCGCCAUUGACAAGUUUAACUACAGGUUGGACUUUACCAACAUUGGCAAAUAGGAAGUUCUGUAUUUGAGCCAAAAACUUCAAACCACCAACUUGAAUUAUUGAUAUUGUGAGCAUGUAGGAUGCGCAAAGCCCCGCCUUUUCAUACCACCAAAUUGACGAUCUUUUUUGUGGCGAAAACGGUUUUCAAGUGUCUUAUAUAGUUCAACUCAAAAAUGAAGCUGAUGACUAGACAUAUGUAAUAUAGACUCUACGAAACUGAACAACUUUCAAUAUUUUAUUUUUACGAAAAUCAACACGGAGCUAUGAUGAUAUUAGGGUGUUCCAUAAGUCUUUGUGCACUUUUGAUUAUUGAAAAUUUAGUCUCUUUUCAUUUCAACGGAAAAUCAUGUGUCAGUGAGUUUCUGUCCCUUGAGAAUUUCGUGCAUGUGAACGUCGGUGUGUAUACGUCAAACCUUCUGUUCCUCGUUUUUAAAUGCUUCAGGAGCCGCUUUUCGUCAACAUUUUUUUCCUUAUUCAUUUGAUUUUUAUUACAAAUUAGAAACGAUUUUCAGUCUCUUUUUUAAAAGUCAAAUGUAAAUAAUUCUUCCUGUCAGAAGUUAGAUAAGCGAAAGAUUUAUCCUGUUUUUUAACUAUUUCUUUAUUAUUUAACCCGAAAUACUCAUGAGAUAUUUACGAAAGAUUCAUGUCAAGAAAUUGAGAUUAAUCCUGGUAAUAUUCAAAAACAAAAAAAUGAAUCGAAAACGGUUCAGAAACAAGCAAAAAGGAUUGGAAAGAAAGCGUGCGGCAGCAAUUAAACCGUGAGAUUAAGCCUCCACUUGAACGUCGCGUGCGCUACUUUUUCGGCAUGGACAGUAUCUUCUAUCGAAUAAAAUUUAAAAAAUUUUCAAAUUAUUUUUAAAAAAAUGGCUUGACCAUGAGUUUUAACCUGAAAAAACUAAUAAUUCUUUUGAUCUUCAAAUGUCAAAUGUAUUGUUGUAAUUUGUUAUAAACUCGAUAGUUUUUUUUUUCAGGCUUCCUUAUUCGUCAAUUUUCGGAGGAAUCAGUGCUCUCCGCGAUGACCAGGUCAAGGCCAUCAACGGGUUUUCAAACAGCUUCUGGGGCUGGGGCGGCGAGGACGACGACUUGUCUCAGAGGUUUUUUUUCAAGUAUUGUGCAAUUAUCUUUCUCAAUUUCUCAUUUCAGAACCUCGCGAGCCGGCUUCAAAGUCUCGAGGUACCCUGGUGAAAUUGCCCGCUACAAGAUGGUUAAGCACUCUCGAGAAGACACGAACUCGGCCAACAAGUGAGAGCCGAUUUUGAAAAGUUGUUCAAACAACACAAAUACUUGAGAUGCCGAUGGAAACUGCUGAAAAAGACGGGUAUUCGGUGGCGACAUGAUGGUCUCAACGAUUUAAAGUACCGUGUGUUGUCGAUUGAGCAACAGCCGCUCUUUACGCGCAUUCUCGUCGACCUGCUAGAACAGGAAAGCAAAAAGGCGUUGCGAAAAUUUUUUCCCGAUUGCUAG